GGGAGCAAACAGUGGUUUUGCCCUCUUGUUCCGCUUUAAGCCAUCGUUACUCGUUAGCCUCCGCCGGUGGAAGCUGUUCCUAGUAAAGAUUAGAUCAGAAUGGAUGCGCAGCAGAAGCAGAAAAACAAAUACAGUAUAAUUGUUCCCACAUAUAAUGAGCGACUCAACAUAAGCCUCAUUAUCUACCUUAUAUUCAAGCACCUUCGGGAUGUUGAUUUUGAAGUUAUUAUUGUGGACGAUGGGAGUCCUGAUGGCACUCAAGAUGUUGUAAAACAACUGCAGCAGGUUUAUGGAGAAGAUAAAAUUCUGUUAAGAGCCAGACCUAGGAAGAUGGGUUUAGGAACGGCUUACAUUCAUGGCAUGAAGCAUGCAUCUGGAAAUUUUGUUGUUAUUAUGGAUGCUGAUUUAUCACAUCAUCCAAAAUAUUUGCCAGGCUUCAUUAGAAAGCAGUUGGAAACUAGUGCUGAUAUAGUUACAGGGACUCGUUAUGUUAAAGGCGGCGGUGUGCAUGGAUGGAAUCUUAUGCGUAAACUAACAAGCAGGGGAGCAAAUGUUCUUGCACAAACACUUUUAUGGCCUGGUGUCUCAGAUUUGACAGGGUCUUUUAGACUAUAUAGGAAAUCAGCGCUUGAAGAUAUCAUUAGUUGCUGUGUUAGCAAGGGAUAUGUCUUUCAAAUGGAGAUGAUAGUACGAGCAUCGAGAAAAGGGUACCGUAUUGAAGAGGUUCCAAUCACGUUUGUUGAUAGAGUAUAUGGAAGUUCAAAGCUUGGUGGAUCGGAGAUUGUUGAAUACCUGAAAGGCCUAGUAUAUCUUCUGAUGACAACAUAAAAAGAUAAUAAAUGAUAAAAACAACUCAUUUAUACAUUCAGUUUGGCAAAAACUCAAAAAUAUUGUAGUUCAAAAACCUAAUUAUUGAGGACGCACGUUUGGCUGCUAGAAUCUUCAUAGCUUGCCUUUUGAGUUUUGUACGAAGCAUCUGUAUGGAUCCCUGUGUUUAUAAGCCUGUUGGAAAAUAUUGAUGAUUAAUCGAUUUUGGUUUAGCUGAAGUUGUGACUUAUGCUGACCCAUUUACCA